CUAAAAUUCUGCUUGAGAUAUUUUGAUCAAUAUAUUUGCAUAAAAAAUAAACUGCCGUGACCAAAUUUCCUCCUCUAAGACAAAUGAUAAUUUUUAUUUUAAUAUUAUUAGCCGUUUCUCUCUUCCUCCUCUCUCUAAAUAGGCGCGCUUUUGGGUUUCUUCUCCGAGUUCCAUUGUCUACCACCAUCCUUCCUUUGCAAUUAGCAAUCAGCAAUAAUUAGCAUGACCAUGACCAUGACUACACCUGUUAGGUUCCGGCCAUCGUCUUCGCUCCUCCCAGGCUCAACAGCCGUUCCAAACAAAUUCCUAACAUCAAGAUUCACGUUCCGACCCGAAAGAAGGAUCUGUUCCAGACCUCCGCCGGCGCUACGACCGCUCUCUAUUCAGCGGCUGGCGGAGCACCGUUAUGACGACGAUGAACAGAGUGCUGUUGCUCAUAAUUAUAAACAGCAAAAAGUUCGAUCCUUGCUUAUUGAUAACUAUGACAGCUACACUUACAACAUCUACCAGGAACUCGCUAUUGUUAAUGGAGUUCCACCUGUGGUCAUUCACAAUGAUGAAUGGAGCUGGGAGCACAUCCAACCUUUCUUAUACAAAGAAAAUGCUUUUGAUAACAUCAUCAUCUCACCAGGCCCCGGAUCUCCAGCCUCCCCAAAAGAUAUAGGUGUAUGCCUGCAAAUACUCGCUCAAUGUGAGGACAUACCAAUAUUGGGAGUUUGUCUAGGCCAUCAGGCAUUGGGAUAUAUUUAUGGUGCUCAAGUUAUUCAUGCCCCUGAACCAAUUCAUGGACGCCUAAGUGAAAUUGAACAUACUGGAUGUGAACUCUUUAAUGGUAUACCGUCAGGAAGAAACUCAGGAUUUAAGGUCAUGAGAUAUCAUUCCCUUGUCGUAGCUGCAGAAUCACUUCCCAGGGAACUUGUUCCUAUAGCAUGGACUACGUCUGAGGAAACACAUUCUUUCCUUGGGACUGAACAAUCUGACAUGAGCCCAACUCUUCAAACAAAUAAAUUGCUACAAGUUGGUGAUUUAUCUGCUAGUGUUAGCUAUGUAGGUUAUAAAGAUGUUACUAACUCAAAAAUCAUUGACAGAAAUAAGAUACUUAUGGGUGUCAUGCACUCCACUAGGCCUCAUUUUGGUGUGCAGUUUCAUCCAGAGAGUAUUGCCACUAGCUACCGUAGACAAAUUUUUGAGAAUUUCAAGAAGAUGACUGUUAAUUAUGGGUUGAGGUCCACCUUGCAUCAAGAACCAAAGGCCUCUUUUACACCUAGAUUAUUUGAAGAGUUUAAAAUUAACAAGUUACUAUGUAAUGGAGUUAUAAUAAGAGACCAUUCAACACCAAAGAGUUUGGAUGCCAAAUAUCUUAAAUUGCAGUGGAAGAAAAUUGAUUGCUUUGCAAGUCAGGCUGGGGGACCUGAAAACAUAUUUUGCAACCUAUUUGGAGAUAAAAAUGCUGAAAACACUUUUUGGUUAGACAGCUCUUCCACAGAAAAGGGAAGGGCUCGCUUUUCAUUUAUGGGUGGUAAAGGUGGUUCUCUCUGGAAACAAAUGACAUUUCAUCUCUCUAAACACAGAUCUGGCGGCUGCAUAUCAAUUCAAGAUAAUAAUGGAUAUGUCAAAAAAGAGAAUAUUGAAGAUGGUUUUUUAGAUUUCUUGGAUAAGGAGCUUAAUUCAUUUCAUUAUGAAAAGAAAGAUUAUGAAGGGUUGCCCUUUAAUUUUUGUGGAGGAUAUGUAGGUUAUUUUGGGUAUGAUCUAAAAAUUGAAUGUGGUGCCACAUCUAAUAGCCACAAGUCUGUAGCCCCUGAUGCUUGCUUCUUCUUUGCUGACAACCUACUUGUUAUUGAUCAUAGCAAUGAUGAUGUUUAUAUUCUACAAGUACAUGAUUCGAGUAACUUGGGAACUAAGUUGAAAUCACCAAAAGGUUUCGAUGAGGAACCAUGGUUGAACAAAAUUGAAAAGAAACUAUUUAGUUUAAAAAGUCCUACAAAAGUGUUUAACAUCCAAAAAUCACAAGCAGGGCUGUCAAUCCCAUAUAACAGAAGCUUUGUUGUAGACAAAUCAAAGCAUCAAUACAUGAAAGAUGUGGAAAAGUGUUUAGAAUUAAUUAGAGAUGGAGAAAGCUAUGAGCUAUGUCUGACAACACAGGCAAGAAUGAGAGUGGUAAACACAGAUACUCUGAACUUUUAUCUUAAAUUGAGAAAGAAAAAUCCAGCUCCAUAUGCAGCUUGGAUGAAUUUUUCAAUGGAAGAAUUAUGCAUUUGUAGCUCCUCUCCUGAAAGAUUUCUACAGCUAGAUGAAAAUGGAGUGCUUGAAGCAAAGCCAAUUAAAGGUACAAUGGCUAGAGGCACGACAACAGAGGAGGAUGAGUGUUUAAGACUGCAACUUCAAUAUAGUGAGAAGAACCAAGCUGAAAAUCUCAUGAUUGUUGAUCUAUUGAGAAAUGAUCUUGGUCGGGUUUGCGAACCAGGUAGUGACUGUGUGCCUAAACUAAUGGAAGUUCAGUCUUAUGCAACUGUCCACACUAUGGUUAGCACAAUCCAAGGGAAGAAGAAAUCGAACACAAGUGUUGUUGAUUGCAUCAAAGCCGCCUUCCCUGGAGGUUCAAUGACAGGAGCUCCAAAGCUAAGAUCUAUGGAACUGCUUGACUCUAUUGAGAGUUCAUCAAGAGGUGUAUACUCGGGUUCCAUAGGAUUCAUCUCAUAUAACCAACGAUUUGAUCUUAAUAUAGUGAUUAGAACCAUUGUUAUACACAAAGGAGAAGCAUCCAUUGGAGCUGGAGGGGCAAUCAUAGCUUUGUCUGAUCCAGAAGACGAGUAUGAGGAAAUGUUGCUUAAAGCAAAGGCUCCAAUUCAAACCGUGGAAGAUUGUUGUAGAGGUUUACAUUAUACAUAGAUAAUGCAAGUUAUAACUAUUUUGCCUUUUUUUUUAUUUUUU